UCCAGCCUGCGGGAUUGAGAUGCUUGUCUCUCACCUGUCCAUGUGGGUGCCCUCUCAAGGUUAGAGCUGGAGCCAUGUGGGGACCGCGGACUCUCUACCACCAGAGGAGAGGAGCUGCGUGAAGAAAUAGCAGCCACCGGAUGAGUGAAGAGUGACUGUGCCCCGUUAACAUGAACAACAGCCUGCAGGUCAACCUGCCCAGAAGCUGGGCUGCUUCAGGUGGCUCACUCCAGGAGAAGUCUGAGCACUCUUUUUUUCUUUUUUAUUACUAUAGGAUGGAAGAUGAAGCUGUCCUGGACAGAGGGGCUUCCUUCCUUAAGCAUGUGUGUGACGAAGAAGAAGUGGAAGGCCACCACACCAUCUACAUUGGGGUCCACGUGCCGAAGAGCUACCGGAGAAGGAGACGUCACAAGAGAAAGACAGGGCACAGAGAGAAGAAGGAAAGGGAGAGAGUCUCUGAGAACUACUCCGACAAGUCCGACGUGGAAAACGCCGAUGAAUCCGGCAGCAGCAUCCUAAAGCCGCUCAUCUCCCCGGCCGCCGAGCGCAUCCGCUUCAUCCUGGGCGAGGAGGAUGACAGCCCGGCGCCCCCCCAGCUCUUCACCGAACUGGACGAGCUGCUGGCCGUGGACGGGCAGGAGAUGGAGUGGAAGGAGACGGCGAGGUGGAUUAAGUUUGAAGAAAAAGUGGAACAGGGUGGAGAGAGAUGGAGCAAGCCCCAUGUGGCCACGCUAUCCCUUCACAGCUUAUUUGAGCUGAGGACCUGUAUGGAGAAAGGGUCCAUCAUGCUUGACAGGGAGGCUACUUCUCUGCCACAGUUGGUGGAGAUGAUUGUUGACCAUCAGAUCGAGACAGGUCUUUUGAAACCUGACCUUAAGGAUAAGGUGACCUACACUUUGCUCCGGAAGCAUCGGCAUCAAACCAAGAAAUCCAACCUUCGAUCCCUGGCUGACAUUGGGAAGACAGUUUCCAGUGCAAGUAGGAUGUUCGCCAGCCCUGAUAAUGGUAGCCCAGCCAUGACCCACAGGAAUCUGACUUCGGCCAGCCUGAACGACAUUUCUGAUAAACCGGAGAAGGACCAGCUGAAGAACAAGUUCAUGAAAAAGCUGCCCCGCGAUGCAGAAGCCUCCAACGUGCUCGUCGGCGAGGUGGACUUCUUGGACACGCCUUUCGUUGCCUUUGUUCGGCUGCAGCAGGCGGUCAUGCUGGGGGCCCUGACUGAGGUCCCCGUGCCCACAAGGUUCUUGUUCAUUCUCCUAGGUCCUAAGGGGAAGGCCAAGUCCUACCAUGAGAUUGGCAGAGCCAUCGCCACCUUGAUGUCUGACGAGGUGUUCCAUGACAUUGCUUAUAAAGCAAAAGAUAGGCAGGACCUGAUUGCCGGCAUCGAUGAGUUCCUAGAUGAAGUCAUCGUCCUUCCCCCUGGGGAAUGGGAUCCAGCCAUCAGGAUAGAGCCUCCUAAGAGCCUUCCAUCGUCUGACAAAAGAAAGAACAUGUACUCAGGUGGAGAGAAUGUUUCCCAGAUGAACGGGGACACACCCCACGAUGGCGGCCACGGCGGCGGCGGAGGUCACGGGGACAGUGAAGAAUUGCAGAGGACUGGACGGUUCUGUGGUGGACUAAUUAAGGACAUAAAGAGGAAAGCACCAUUUUUUGCCAGUGAUUUUUAUGACGCUUUAAAUAUUCAAGCUCUGUCAGCAAUUCUCUUCAUUUAUCUGGCGACUGUCACUAACGCUAUCACUUUUGGAGGACUGCUUGGGGAUGCCACUGACAACAUGCAGGGUGUGCUGGAGAGCUUCCUGGGCACGGCUGUCUCUGGAGCCAUCUUCUGCCUCUUUGCUGGUCAGCCACUCACUAUUCUGAGCAGCACAGGACCUGUUCUAGUUUUUGAGAGGCUUCUAUUUAAUUUCAGCAAGGACAAUAAUUUUGACUAUUUGGAGUUCCGCCUUUGGAUUGGCCUGUGGUCAGCCUUCCUGUGCUUCAUUUUGGUAGCCACCGAUGCCAGCUUCCUGGUUCAGUACUUUACCCGCUUCACCGAAGAGGGCUUCUCUUCUCUGAUUAGCUUCAUCUUUAUCUACGAUGCUUUCAAGAAGAUGGUCAAGCUCGCCGAUUACUACCCCAUUAAUGCUGACUUCAGAGUGGGCUACAAUACUCUCUUUUCCUGUGCCUGUCUGCCGCCUGACCCAGUUAAUAUCUCGAUGUCUAAUGGCACCACAUUGGCUCCCGAGGAUUUUCCAACUGUGUCUCCUACUGACAUGGACCACAACGCCACCUUGGACUGGGCGGCCCUGUCGAAGAAGGAGUGUCUGAAAUACGGAGGAAGCCUGGUGGGAAACAACUGCGAGGCCGUCCCUGACAUCACGCUCAUGUCGUUCAUUCUCUUCUUGGGCACCUACACCACCUCCAUGGCUCUCAAGAAAUUCAAGACCAGUCGCUAUUUUCCAACCAUGGCAAGAAAACUGAUCAGCGAUUUUGCCAUCAUCUUGUCCAUUCUCAUCUUUUGCGUAAUAGAUGCCCUGGUAGGCGUGGAUACUCCAAAGCUAAUCGUGCCAAGCGAGUUCAAGCCCACGAGCCCGCACCGCGGCUGGUUCGUGGCGCCCUUCGGAGGCAACCCCUGGUGGGUGUACCUGGCGGCCGCCAUCCCCGCGCUGCUGGUCACCAUCCUGAUCUUCAUGGACCAGCAGAUCACCGCCGUGAUUGUGAACAGGAAGGAGCAUAAGCUCAAGAAAGGGGCUGGCUAUCACCUGGAUCUCUUUUGGGUGGCCAUCCUCAUGGUGGUGUGCUCCUUCAUGGCUCUCCCCUGGUAUGUGGCUGCUACUGUCAUCUCCAUCGCUCACAUCGACAGUUUGAAGAUGGAGACGGAGACUUCUGCACCUGGAGAGCAGCCAAAGUUUCUCGGGGUGAGGGAACAAAGAGUCACUGGAACGCUUGUGUUUAUUCUGACUGGCCUGUCAGUCUUUAUGGCUCCCAUCUUGAAGUUUAUUCCCAUGCCUGUACUCUAUGGCGUGUUCCUGUAUAUGGGGGUAGCAUCCCUUAAUGGGGUCCAGUUCAUGGACCGUCUGAAGCUGCUCCUGAUGCCUCUGAAGCAUCAGCCUGACUUCAUCUACCUGCGCCACGUCCCCCUGCGCAGGGUCCACCUGUUCACUUUCCUGCAAGUGUUGUGUCUAGCCCUGCUCUGGAUCCUCAAGUCAACCGUGGCUGCUAUCAUUUUUCCAGUCAUGAUCUUGGCGCUUGUAGCUGUCAGAAAAGGCAUGGACUACCUCUUCUCCCAGCACGACCUCAGCUUCCUCGACGAUGUCAUUCCAGAAAAAGACAAGAAAAAGAAGGAAGAUGAGAAGAGAAAGAAAAAGAAGAAAGGCAGCCUGGACAGCGACAAUGAUGACUCUGACUGCCCAUACUCAGAAAAAGUUCCAAGUAUUAAAAUUCCAAUGGACAUCAUGGAACAGCAACCUUUCCUAAGUGAUAGCAAACCUUCCGACAGAGAAAGAUCACCAACAUUCCUUGAACGCCACACAUCAUGCUGAUAAAAUUCCUUUCCUGCAGUCACUGGGUGUGCCAAGCCCCCCGAGAACCCCAGUACAAGUGGUGCCUCAGAUCCGAAUAGAACUUGAGCCUGACGACAGCGAUGAUUUCUGGAGGAACAAGGGAACAGAAACCACAUUGUAGCCUGUUUGUCUUCCCUCAAACUAACAGCUUUUGUUGUUCAUGGUCUCGUUUUUCGUCUGGUGGUUUAUUUCUUAAUUCUCGUUUUGUUUUGGGUUUUGGUCACUGGCUGAGUCAUCCAGUGCUAUCUCCGCUCCUCCCUUGCGUAGGUAAAAUUGAGACAGGAGUGCGCCGUUCCCGAAAACCAACCUCUGAAGAACCCCCGUCUGUUAUACUUUCAGACGCGUCCUCUGACACCCAGACUCCUCUGUCACGCAAGACACGCACAGACACGGUCCUUUUCCCCUAAGCAGAGGGCAGAAGUGUUAAGGACUCGGUAACACCUUUUAUUCAAAUAUUGAAGGAACUUACCACUUCGGCUUCAGAGCUGUGCUCACUGGCUUGUCCUUCUGUCUGGCGGAACAAACCUGGGCCUCCAGACAGUUUCUUCUCGCUUGCAGAGCUCUCCAGAACUGGAAAAGUGCUGCUAUCCUAAUUUGCUCUUGCUUAUAAACCCUAAUCCUAGAGUUAUCAAAAAAAGAAAAACUAAAGGUACUUUACUCCCCCUAGAGAAACUGUUGCCAUCAUUGUAGCAAGUGCUGGAAUGUCCCUUUUUCCUAUGCAACUUUUUUUAACCCUUUAAUGAACUUAUCUGUUAAGUACAUUUGAAGAACAUUUUUCUUCCUAGAUUUUGUUGUUUAAAUUAUGGGGCCUAACCUGCAACUUAUUUUUUUGUCGAUUUUUUAAACUUUUUUUUAAUUACUGUAAAAAAAAAUGAAUUUUUUCCUGCAGCAGGAAACAUAGUUUUGAGUAGUUCUACCUCUUAUUUGUAGCUGCCAGGCUUUCUGUAAAAAUUGUAUUGUAUAUAAUGUGAUUUUUACACACAUAUAUACACUCACACACACAUACACACACAAAACCACAAUCUUUAGGGUAAGCCUGAGGGCUGGAUCAGAGGACAAACACCAUGUUUCUAAGCAUUCAUUUUCCCCUUUCUUUAAAAGAAAUUUAUCUGUUCUAUGAAGGAGAUGGGGAGAAGGGAGAAGCUCCUGUGUAAUGGGGUUAACUGAUGCUUGAUAAUAGUAGAAUCCAGGCACGGAUGCUAAUUGUAUUACCAAGUCCAUGUCCUAUGCAGUAUUGUUAGGUUGUUUUUUUCAUUUUGAAAUAUUUGUGUGUUUGUGUAUAUACUCUGUGUGUGGCUGGUGCACAUAUGUGCAAAGUUAGGGAGAGUGGUGGUAGGCGAAGGGCAGAGUUACCCAGCCUCUUGUGUCGGUUUCCAUAAAACCCAAACCACAUGUGAAAAAUCCAUCAGAGUCCAAGA